CUGGAAAUGUUUACUUAUCAUCUCAAGCUGGUAAUGUUUAUGAUAUGGAUCUGUCCCAAUGAAUAAUAUUACUUUAAUUUAUUGUCCUUGGAGAGCGAUAACGCAUUGAUUGAUUGUAAUUUAACAAAAAUGCUGCCAACUAUAAAAAAUGAAUUGGUAAGAACUUUGAAGGAUACAUUGGCAUCCCCAAAUCGAAAUGCCAAUGUCAUAUCAUUGAAAUGUCAAAAUUGAUAAUGACUGCAGUUUUGUACGCAACAAAACAAAACAAAACACCAGUAAUUAUUUAGACAUGGAUUAUAUAGUUAAGGAAUUAGGUAUAAGUCACAAAAAUAUAUUUCCCACUGCCUCACCUGGCCUUUACUCAGUCGUCGUCCAUACAAGUUGGUUAAAAAAAUGGUUAAAGAACCUCGAAGUAGAUGUCUCGUUGAACAAUGUAGAUUUUACCUUACAACCUGGCGAAAGUGUACCUUAUCCGUGGAGAAAAAUAUUUAUAAAGGUAAUAAAUAAAAAAGUAUCCAAGGUUCUUCCACUGCCUCGCUACAAGCUCAAUGAAAACCACAACGAUACUCCUCUCACGUUCUCUCAAUUACUGCAGUAUGUUUCUCAGAGCAACCAAAGAUCAUUAUGGAAAGAAUCUUACAAGAAAUACUGUCAAAAUAAUGAUGGUAACAAAGAAAGUACUAUUGUGAACCUUUUAGAGCAUGACCAACUGCUUUCUGAAGUUGUGUUACGUUUGUAUGGAUGUAAUAUUAUAAGGAUAAAGUGUGAAGGGGCUGGAAACCACAUAGAGUACAAAGAGAUAAUUACAAAUAAACAUGUUCUUAAGAUGUAUGAAACACAUGCUAAUUUGCUAGCAGCUAUGUUUGGUAUAGAAACAGACAAUAACUUCUUCAUUAUAUAUAGAGGACACUAUGAGAAUACUUUAUUAGAUUGUUUGAAUUUCAGUCCAAAUCUGAUAGAUAUGAAUUACAGCAGAGGUCUGUUCAUAGUGUUCCAGUUGUUAAAUUUGUCAAAGGCUAUGAGUGAUAGAGGGUUAAGUUUGGGUAUGCUCACACUUCAAGAUAUUUACCUAUCUGAAAAUCUGUGGUUACAAGUACUACCAAUGAUCACAAAUAACAUACACUGUUUGGAUGCUUCAUUAAUUAUUGAGCAUAAUAGAAGUAAACAGGCCACUCCAGGGAUCAGUCAAAGUCCUUUAGGAAAAAGGGGGGAAGAGAGGUGUUGGAGGAAGGAGGCAGUGGAGCUUGAGAAGUUGUGUAUGCUGUGGGUUAGAGGCCGGAUAUCCAACCUGGACUACCUUCUACACCUGAACAUGCUUGCAGGGAGGUCCAACAGUGAUCCUCAAGCACAUUUCAUGGUGCCCUGGGUGACAGACUUCUCAUCUAGAUGUGGCAGGAAUUGGCGGGACUUGAGCAAAUCGAAGUAUCGCCUGAACAAAGGCGACCGGCAGUUAGACAUGACAUAUGACGUCAGCAGCUGUACCGAUCAGAUACCGCACCAUGUCUCUGACGCCCUCUCCGAUAUUACUUGCUAUGUCUACAUGGCACGCAGAACACCAAAAGAAGUCCUUUGUAAGCACGUGCGUAACAAGUGGGUCCCGGCAGAAUACCCCGCGUCGAUACAGCGUAUGCAGGAGUGGACCCCGGACGAGUGCAUACCGGAGUUCUACACCGACCCAACCGUGUUCAAGAGCAUACACGAAGAUUUGCCGGAUUUGGGCUUCCCUUCCUGGGCCACUUGUGUGGAAGAUUUUAUUACGAAACAUAGAGAAGCGUUGGAGAGCACUCACGUGUCAGAUAAUUUACACCACUGGAUUGAUAUUACUUUUGGAUAUAAGUUAUCGGGCGCAGCGUCCAUCAAGGCUAAGAACGUGUGUCUCUCCCUGGUGGACGGUCACACGCGGUUACGACGCGGCGGGCCGGUACAGCUGCUGUCAGCCCCGCAUCCGCCGCGCGCGAGCCGCCCGCUGCCGCCCGCGCCGCCGCGACUGCACUGGACUGCUCCUAAAGAUGCCAAAAGAAGUAUCAAGAACGACAGUUCAGAUGACAUAUCUGAUGACGAAGAGGAGUCGACAAGUCUCCCUCAGCACGUUUCACGACUGAACGUGCCCCCACAGCGCACUCGUUCGCGCCACAAAAGCAGCAAUAGAGCUCGCUCGCUCUCCAAGAGUCAAGCUCUUGACGAAUCACAAGCUGCACCUACUGAAGGCAGAGCAUCCUCACACUCAAGACACUACAGAGUCCAACGCUCAGAAUUAGGAAAAGGCGUCAUAUAUCUACCAAAAGAAUUCAACCCAGUAGCCUCGAUACAAGCACUGGAAUCCCUCGACAAUUUCCGAACCAAGUGCUUCUUUACCAAAGCGGAAGAUAAGGAGAAACACAAAGAAAGUGUCUCUACAUUAAAUUUGUACCCGGUUCAGCAAGAAAUUCGACAAGACAGCACAGUAUCAAGCAAAGAAGGGUCGGAUGAUACUGCCUUCACGAACCAUAUGUUCUUAGCGUCUUAUGAUCAAAGUUACUUGAAGAAAUUCACCCAAGAUGCUCACUUAGAAAAUGUGUUAAAGGAGAGGAAGAAUAGGUCUUUUAAUAUACGGUAUACGACGGACGCGGCGAUUUAUAAACAGUUUGUGACUGAAAGCAGACGACAGGAUAUGCUGGUGAUAGGAUGCUUGAUUGUCGAAAUAUUCCUCCACACAUACAUGCGACCGCUUCGGACUGCAUCCGAUGAUUUCUUAGAACGAUACCAUAAUUGCAGGACCGUUUUAAAACACAACUUUAACGCGUUACCGCGAAGUGUGGGCUACAUCGCAUCUUUACUCCUGAAUGUCCAACCUCCAAGUUUAAGCUACAAAAACGAAAUGAGUCCAAAGAAGGAGGAACCUUUUAAGAAAACUGUCGUGACUGAUAAAGGACUACCAGCACCGACGCCUGCGCAGCUCCUACAACCUUUAUUGAUGCAACAUUUAAUCCCUUUUCCUCAAAGCUUCAGCACGUUGUAUAAACUACUAAACACGUUACAUGAAUAUGAUCUCACGAGCAAUGAACUCAAUAUCCUAUACAUGUACGAAUGUGACGGAAUACAGUGCGAAAAGUACCAGAAUGUAGAUAAAACGAAACUUUAUUUCAGCCAGAAAAUCGCUGAAGGGAAAAUUCAGGCCUGCACGACACACUUAGACGUACUUCUUAACCAAGUCAACUGCUACAAUCAGUUCGAUGUAUUAGAUAUCUUCUUAUCGCAUUACAUAGAACUCUUGCAAAACAAAGACACAUCAGUAUUAGCCGCGUGGUAUUUAUUUGACACCGUCAGCAAAGCGCUAGGGCCCGCUCAGACGCGGAAAAAGUUACUCAAACAUAUACUCAACCUUUAUGAAGACGACGACUUAGCCAUCGACAAGCCGGACCAUCAUAAACUGACGGAUAUCGACAGUUUUACAGUGACUGGUGGGGUUACCAACAAACAGAAGUUUGUUAAACUCUAUCACAAUAUUUUCCUUCUUCAGUUGAUGGUGAGAUUGGGACUGCAGUGUUUCUUAGACAAUUUUACGCAGCAUUUGGUAGAAGCGGUGGGUGGGUAUAAGGAUGUGACGGAGGAAGCUGGCUCUCCAGGCCAUCUUUGUCAUAACAAGGCGCUAUCAAACAAGAAGCCGAGAUAUUCUGAUGAUAACGUAAAGAAUGCUCUAUCUAGCAACACGGAUAUAUUUUCUCCGGAUACUUCAUACGGUUCUGAACACGUUGCCACACCAAGUGUCGAAAAAGUUGAAAUUAUGAAGGAGAAAGACAGUGACAAUAAGAGCGAAAAUGAGUUGUUUCACUUUGAAACGGAUAAGGAUAGGCUGCCAAGCCGCAGCAGCAGGAGCAAAUCUCCCGCGGAGUCUAUAGACUCUUAUAACUCUAAUACUACACAAGAGAAUAACAUGCAUACUCCAUCGCCUUCAAUAGACCAUGUCUCCCCAAUCUCCACUAAGUACUUCACACCCAAUCAUACAACGCAAAAAGAACUGAACUCUGUACACAAUAAGGAUCAAUGUGAAAUGUUGACGCCUUCUAAGAAGCCUACUUCGCCAACCAUAGAAAUACCAACUAAACCAAUGUUUACAAGCUACUUGCAUUUUGCCGAAGAAGAUGAUUCCGAGGAUGUGGAAUUGAGAAGGAAAUCCCACGAACCGAAGAUAAAAAGCUUAGACUUAAGUAAGGAAAUGGAUGGGAGGAGACAAAGUUCACAGAACACAAAUGAUGACGACAUUCCUGGGGAUAAAGACUCGGGUUCAUGUAAAAUAUCUGACAUGAGCUCUGAGAGUUUAAUAUGGCUGGCACACCGACUGGGCCCAGUACUUACUUGUAGGUAUAUAACGCGGAACUUGCUCAAAAUGUUGACUUUAUGUUAUAUUGGGAAGGAUAACCUCGCUCCGUGGGACAGCGAUGAAAAAGACGAGUUUGAUGAAAUAUCGAUAGUGAAUAGUCGAGUCGUUGGCGAUAGAAAUGCUAUGAAGGUUAUCAAGUGUCUCACUGCUAUAGUUGCGAUGUACGGCGAACAGCUGAUAAUAUUCCAAUACCUACCUCACAUGGGCGAGUUGAUAGCAUCGUGUCGGCGUCGCCUGUCCACCCCGCUAGAGGGCGGCGUGGUCGCCUGUCUGCAGCUCAUCAAGUAUCUAUUGCCUCACAUGUCCGAUGUUAAGGUCAUGGAACAACUACAGGACACGUUCCUGAAGUCGAUCCUGCAGCCUGCUCUCCGGCUAGCGUCCACGUCGCGCUGCUCGUACCCGAGCGGGGCGGCGGCGCGCUGCUCGCUCUCCCGCAAGCUGCUGGACGCGCUGCACGUGCUGGCGCUGCGGGUCGGGCCCGAGAUGACGCGGCGACAUCUCUGUGUGCCCGCGCUGCAGAGAUUUUUCUUGGCCUUCGAUAAGGCAACUGGAAAGACUGAAAACUGGCCGAAACAAGAAGAAAGUACACCCGAAAAGUCAUCAGAUCAAGAGUCGACGGACUCGAAGCCGGAGGGUUUCCUGGAGAUCUGUCGCGACGGCAGUACGGCGGAGUGGCGCGUGCAGGACGGCCGCGUGGUGAGGACUGACCUGCCCGACCUCGCCUGCUCGCCGCCCGACCUGGCUGAACACCCGCUGGAUACUACCAGGCUUACGGCCCAAGAAGAGUUGCUAGUGGUAUUUGACGAAGAGCUGGCGUACCGAGCGUACACGACGUUCGCGAAGUUCAUCGGUACGGACACGAUGGAGCGAUGUCUCAAGAACGUCGACACUGUGCGCGCGCUCUGCAGGAAGUACGAGCAUAACCACUCUAUCAGCUCCCCCCUCCAAAUUCGUCCCGACAAGCGUGUUCAACCGUCAUUCAGCGAUGAACCGCUAAACAGAAAAGCCGACUCCGCGAGACCCGAUGUGGUUAUGGACCAUAUAUCAAGCUCCAACAGUUUCGGCUCCAAUGUGACCUUAGUCGGCAACAGGAUAGAUGUCGCUAGCGAUGCGUGUGAAGCGGGGAACUGUGCGCAAGGCAACGGGUUCGAUGUUGUGGCCUAUAAAACUGAUAACGGUAUUAAGAGUAAUAGACAUUUACGCGGAGAUUGGCUGAUAUACUGGGAGCAUGAGAUCGGUCGCCCCGAUAAGGAGACCCGCUUCAACCUCAAACAGAUCAAACUUCAAACAUUCGCCGGUCACACGCACUCCGUCAAGUCCAUACACUGCCUCGAUAAUGAGAACAGCUUCAUGAGCGGGUCUAAAGAUAAAACUGUGAGGCUAUGGUCGCUUAGGAAUCAGGGUGACGGCAACGCGACGUCUCAAUGUAACUGGACGUACACGGGGCAUAAGAAGGGCGUGUUGUCUCUAACGUUCUUAGAAUCGUUGCGUCUAGCCGUGUCUACCGACUCCGUCGUGCAUAUAUGGGAUCCCUUCAUGGAGAGUGUGGUUUCACAGUUGGAGCAUAUAAAGUCUCCCGUGAGUAUAGUCCGCACGCUGGCGGGUCCGUCCGCCGCAGUGCUGGCCGCCACUACGGACGCCACGCUCCGGGUCAUCGACGCCAGGGCGCCACACUCCUCACAUGAACUUAAGCUCCCGAUGAGCGCGACGACGUUCAUCCGCUGCAUGUGCGUGUGUUCUGGCGGCGGCUGGGCGGCCUGCGGGCUCGCCAGCGGACACGUCGCAGUGCUCGACCUCAGGACGGGACUCGCCAUCGCCACCUGGAAGGCGCACGACGGAGAGGUUUUGAGAUUAGCGACAGUUGACGACCACAGACUGCUGAGCUCGGGGCUGGAUCAGGUGACCGCGCUCUGGAGACCUGACGACGGUGAACUGAUCGCACAUCUCAAAGGUAGCACGGAACCCGUGCACUGCCUAUCGGUGUACUACAACGAGUUGAUCUCCGGUACCACUAACAACCGCAUCGGAGUCCACACAUCCUUAGAGCAGGACGCUUCAUUCUCGAGCACUAAGCUUCGCUCCGACACCUUCAAGGGAGUAUUGACGUGCAUGUCAGUGUUGCCACUUAAUAGACUGCUGUUGCUAGGGAGCGAUAACGGUGCUAUAAGCUUACUCUGUUGAUUCCAUUCCAGUAUAGUGGCUCUUUCUUCUUCUUUUUGUAUGGUUGAUGUGUGAAAUGAAAUAAUUUAUUCCGCGAAUUGGGUAGAUGUCAUAAUUUUCAGAUGUUAUUUUUUUAAGCUAGUUGGAUAUAGCUAUAUUUUCUAGCUACCCUGUGAAGAAACGUCGAAACAAACUUAAAUCUACCUAAAAUUAAACCUUUAAAUAUUAUAUUUAUUAAAAUUCUAUCGAUAUUGGUCAGUUGGCUGUCAUUGCUACAACAAAUUGCAGUUAUUGAAAACAAAACUUAAUUUUUAAAUAAAUCGGUAUUACGUCUGGUUAUGAGGUACUAGGCGUCAGGCUCAAAUUUAAUAACAUUCCAAUUUGGUUGAUGGAAACGUAAGCAGCUUACUGUCUGUGUGGUAAUAUUACAACACUUAUUAUCAUUGUAGUAUACCUAAUAUUAAAAUGGUAUGGAAUGAUCUAGGUAAGAGGCGUGUGGCAACUUUUCCAAACUAAGAUGUCCAAUAUAAUAGUGUAUUGUGCUUGUAAAAACAUAAGUACUAGUUACUAUAAGCGCUUAAAAUCAAUUAAAAUUCUUAUAGAAAAACAAAAUGUCAUGUAAUGUUUUAAACAUUUCUUUUCUUUUACUGUAGGUACAUUAUCCAUCCUUUUCACUCAAAGUAUAGUCAUAUUUAAGUAAAUAUGAGAAUGAAUCUAAAUGUAAUGUUUUCUAAAGUAUAGAUGAACUUAUGAACUAAUACAAAUUACUUAUCCAUUCCAUUUGGUCAUUCCUGCACUUAAGCUUUUAAUACGAAUGUUCCUAUAAUUCUAUAGAAGUCUAAGGCCGACCGCCACAUCUUGAAUUAAUAUUUUUGCACUUGUGAAGCGUGAGAGCGCAUGACUUAAAGUGUGUCUCUUGCACAACUGCAAUCAUAUCACUUUAAGAAUCGGCCCUCAGAAAAAACAAUUUAGAAAUCUACCCUAUUCAGCUAUGAUUCUGAUAUAGCUAAUGUUUUUUUUUAAUGUGCAUUAAGAGAAUAUAAAUACUCCUAUGUAAUUAUUAUAUUCCAUACAUUUACUUUUUCGAUAGCGACCAUGCAAGAGGCUCUGCAUAUAACUUAUAGUGUAAUAUAGAUAUAUAUAUAUA